GCAGGCCUGGUUGACGGCGCGAUUUCCGACGUGGUAGGAGUGUCGUGGGUGACGCCCCAAUACCCUUGCCUUGUCAAGGGACUAUGGCGGAGGCCAUAGCUGGUGACGUCAGCAACUAGAAUUUCCUCCGUCCCGCUCGGACGUGUGUCACCUCGGCAAUACGUUCCCUCAAACACGUAUAUUUCUUGCGUGUAUCCAGGCAACCCCCUUCACUCUGUUUCAAGGAAAUAACCUCUCUAGAAGCACAGUCGUUGGUUGAUCAAGAUGGACAUGGAACCCCCCCGCAGGGGGGUACGGAGCAGGAAGCAAGGAGCCAGGUACCGGGAGACUAUCGUAUGGAGGAGGAGCGAAUUUUGGAAAUGGUCAGAGCCUGUUAUGAGGACGGUAUUAUGCCAACGGAUAUCGAUCCAGGUGUCACGGAAGUCAACGGAAGGGAGGUGAAAUUCACCCUGAACACUUCGGUGGACGAAGUGAAGGUAAAGUGGCUUAAGGCAAGAACCGUCACCAUCAUCUUUCAAGAAGGAGCGAGGUUUUUGCCAAGGAAGGUAAAAGAAGAUGCUAUCCGAGCUUACGAAGAUGGUUGGAUUAGUGAUGAGUUUUUUGGACAAGACUUCAAGCGGGGUAGAAUAAAGGUGGAGAGUCCUAAUGUGGUUUCGUACAUCCCAAGAACUCAAGAGAUCACAAAUUGGAUGCUCACUAAGAGAUCGGACUUCAUAGAGCUGGCGAGAGUUAUUUACCGUACGGAAUUUAAACCGUGGAUAACUCGUGCAGAGCUUAAGGACUGGAGGAAGUUGGUGGAUCAAGAUACGUUUUGGGUGGUGGCUGUCGGAGUUCCUCUGGAUGAGAUGGUGUUUCUCCACGUACAUGUGGAAAACGCAAUCGGCAAAAUCUUAAAGCGCCACCUCCCCGAAGCGGACGAUUCGGAUCCUAAACUGGUGAACUUACGGUUCGACAUCGAUCCCUCCAAGAGAGAUUGUAUGAAAGACAAGAUUUGGAUUCAAACCCACCAAGGGGACCUGCUGGAGGUGAGGCUGGCAGAUGCAGACACUGAGUGGUGCGGAAGAUGUCGUAACUUCUUUCACACAGAGGAUACUUGCAGAAGACCAAGUCGCCGUACUCGAGGUGGCUCCUCUGAUAACCAUCGGCCUGCUUUCAACUCCAGAGCUGGAGGUGUAAGACAGUCGUAUCAGGGCACUCUACAUGCUCCAGGUGGUGGCCUUCAACAACAGCCACAAGCAAUGGCUGCCUCGUCAGCGGCUCCGGCAGGUUCGAGUGCCCCGGCUGGGGUCAAUGUACGAAGCAACCCAACUUUUUCACCAGGCGGAAUAGCGCUGCAACAAGCUGUCGGCAAUCUCCAGACGUCCCAAGCUGGUGCAAGUAAUCCAUCCAUGACAAAUCCCGGAUGGGUGUCCUUUUUACAGGGGCUUCCUCCCCAUCCGUUUUCUCUGCAACAAGCGAUGGGUCAACAGAUGGGAGCACAACUGGGUGCUAGCUCGUCUUUCACGAAUCUUCAUGCGUUUGCUCAUUGGAGUCAAGGCUGGACCGGAGCUAUUCCUGGGCAACAACCAGCUAAUAUGGGUAUGGUAACUCAAUACGCCCCCCCUCCACACUCUGGGGGAGGACUGGGGAAUGUGCCGAGUGGAAAUCGAUCUCGUGGAGAAUCUCCAGGGAAACAAAGGCGCAUCUCGGAAAGGGGGGGUAUUGAGAUUCGGGUCGACGAAGUCCAUGCGGAAGCCUCGGGCAGCUCAAACGAAGCUUCACUCAAUUCGGGCACUCCCUCGUCGAUGGCAGUGAGUGGUGGUAGGGCCAUUCGGCGUCGCGCCGUAUGCAAAAUGAGAAUGAAUCUUCCGCUAGGAGAUGGAAAGAUACACCGCCAUAAUGUUUUCCAUUUGCGCAUGGUUGGGCUUAGGGAGGCUUCUACGGCCAUUGAGCGGAUAUCGGGUCUGCGCCCAUUACUCAGAGCAGCCGCGGAUGAAGCGAAGCUGUUGGUGAAGCCCUGUAAGGGGGUAGGGAAAAGGUUAGGCGAGGUAUUCGACCUGCUAGUGGAAAUGAAAAAAAUUUUGGACAGCCGGAGACAGGGGGUGUGUCCACCUGACGUGGCCUGCUUACACGAGAUUGGAGAGGCCUUGGAAUCUUGUCAUGAGGUCUUGUGCAAGUUGCAGACAGGAAGCAAGCUGCUGAUGAGCGAGCAUGCUCCCCAGAUCGUUGAGCAGCUCAAAGGGGCUAUGGAUAAGCUUCAGGCCAGUGUGCAGCAAAUAAAUCUUCCACUGCUUAACAUGCCUUCCAACAUCUGGGAUAAGGUCCAGAACAUAAGCAGAGCAAAGAAGAUUACCCCUAGCUUGGAGAAACAAGAAGUUACAGCAUGGAAAGAGAUGCAGGCAAUCCGAACAUCCUUUAAGAAAGGUCAUCGGAUUUCGGUUAGUGAAAGGACUCGUGCUGAGCAGCUCCUGAGGACACUGGGUCUAACUUCAGAGGAAGCAAGGGCUGCAGAGUCACGUGCAUUGCAAUUGGAGAAAGUGCGGGUGUGUGCUCAGCUCAAUGAUAUCUCCUACUGUAUCAAACUCCUCCGGACGUUUGACGAAACCAAAGGGAGCCAUUGGGGCGAUGUCCCCGGCGAUGAUGUGAGGAUUGGUUCUUUUGAGAGGGAGCGAUCGAGUGAAUUGAAGUCGCCGGGGAUUGGUUCUUUUGAGAGGGAGCGAUCGAGUGAAUUGAAGUUGUGGAAGAUCAGACUGUUGCGCAGGAGCAUCCAUCUCACACCUGAAACAGAGAGCAAACAGAACAUAGACUUCCUGCUCAACAUGCUGGGUCUAGAGGAAGCAAGGGACUUGGCACAGGAAGGGCGGCAUGCACAAGCACAAGUAAAGGUUGUAGACUUUUUGAUCGAGCUCCUGCGGUGCACCGAAGUACCGGUGGAACAACUGCGAGAGUCGCUGCCUCAGCAGUUUGUUUGUCCCCUGUCACAGGAGAGGAUGGUUGAGCCUGUCAUCAUUGCCUCUCAUGAAGUAUAUGAGCGCGCAUUCAUAUACGAGUGGCUGCAUAAGAGGGUGAAGAAAGUGUGCCCAAAGACAAAAAACCGCCUGGGAGAUUCCCAACUGCUUCCGAAUUUCACGCUACGAGCAGAGAUUCGCCUGUGGUCACUGCAGAAUGGUUACGAUGUGCCAUGUAAGCUCCAGGGGGACUCGCUUGGCAAGCUCAUUAACAAUUGGGUAACGUGGUUCAUUGAUAAUGGGGAGGACGUGCAUAAGCUAGCGGUGCUCUGUAGAGAAGCCCGGGUCUCGAACUUAAGAGGAAGAUCUCGCCUGCCGGUUCUGGAGACCCCUGCUCAUGAGAAUGCCUGUGAUUUUACACCUGAACCAGGGUCUAAUUCACUGAGAGAUGUGGGAGGCUCUCCCUCACAUGCACAUCGUGGCAUUUCGGUGACCACAAGAGAUGGAGAGUGCUACAAAGAAGAGGUGGAUGGAUCUGUUGACGGGGAAGAUGAUCACAGUGGAAGUAGCACAUCUGGCUCGUUGAGUGGAGAGGUACCACCUUUGCUGGAGGAUGGACAACAUAACGCAAGCCGGAGGCGAUCUCUGGAAAAACAGCCAUCAGGGAAAUCGAGGCACCAUUCUCGAAGUUGGAGUGGAGAUCUGUGGGCCGGAUCUCCUUCUGCUGCUGUCCCCCCGUUAAACGAACCACGGAGUCAUUUGUCACCUGGGAGGAGCAAGCCGACAUCAAUUGUGACCAUCCCAGCAGACACCACUCCACUGUACAACCCAGCCCGGUUACUUAGUGGGGGCCCCGGUAGGGGUUCCAGUGAAAGGUUGCUGUAUCGGGGACCAAAGGAAGGUGAUAGUGAGUCCUCAAUGACUCCAAGCAGCACAACUCCAUCCUCACCGCAUGUGACAGUCGAAACACAGCAUCUUCCUAGCUCGGAAAUUCUGAGAAGGAUGCGGUGGAGUGCACCCUUGAACCGAUAUGUGGAUUCUCCCCUGUCAGAAAAUUCGGCGGACAGCCCAGCCUUUGCACGAGAGGAAGUUCUGUCUCCAGAGUCAGGGGACCUGAGUUGCGAGAAGCAAGAGGAUUCUCCUGUUGUGCAAACCCUUAAUGGAGGUGUGCAGUACCGCGGUUUUUCAAGUGCUCGCGCCCAAGGGCAGAUAUCUCACGCCAUCGGUAGCUUGGAACACAUACAAGGAGAUCAAGGUGCAAAACUGCGGUACACUGAGGACAGAAGGCACAUCGUCAACGGGCUUGGGAAGUUAGCAGUUGCUGAGCAGAGGGCCAGUGGUAUGCACGGAAGUAGUCACAGGGAGCGGGAGCAAGUUACCUGCUCGGGAGAAUCUAGGGUUGAUCUAGCGGUGAGAAUCCCUUGCCUGGACUCCCACAUUAAGGGUUAUGAUCGCGAGAAGGGUCUUGAGCAUGCAGAAACGGAUGCAACGGUGAAUGCUAUCGGCUGGGUGGGCGAUGACGCGAGUGAUGCUCUCAAGGUCAGCAAAGAAGAACGAUCAGAACCUGCAAUCAAUAGAGCUUGUUCUGUUCGCAGCCAUGACAGGCGCCUCACAACAAGUCUGAGCUGGAAAUCGCAAGACCAUUCGGACAUUGAUCAGGCAUGCUUGGUGACUGUCCACAGCCCUGAAACCAACUCGUCAGGGGAUGUGUUUGUCUCUGCCAGUCACCCGUGCACUUCAGCGAGUCAAGCACCGAAUGGAGACUCUUUGUUCUUGGAAGGGGGACAGGAAAGAGUGCCCAGCGAAGCAAAGAUAAUCUAUCUUGUUCGCAAGGCUCAUCCAAGUGGCGCAGAGGUGCUGGACGAAGAACUUCAGGCAAUCAACACAUUAAGGAGGUUGGCAAAGAAUGUACCCGAGUGUCGUGUGCUCAUUUGUGAAUUGGGAGGAGUUGAGAUGAUGGAGGCAAUCUUUCAAAAAGUGCACCGUAUGCAGGAAACCUCUUCGGUCAGCCACGGUAUGGAUAGGCGCUGGGUCAAAGUUUUGGAGGACGCCGUGGCCACUGCUCUCAACGUGUCAAUUGAGGCGGAGCUGAAGAUCAGGAUUGCUAGAAGUGAGAUUCUUGCUCAUCUGGUCCGAAUUCUGGAAGAAGCUCCGACAGAGGAGGUCAGGGAAAUAACUGCAGAAACGUUCCGAAGCCUUUCACGAGAUGAACUUCACAGGAUUAGAGACUUGAUUCGAGAGAGGGGUGGGAUACCCGCCUUGAUAAGUGCAUUGCAGCAAGAAAACCGAACUGAAUGCUUGGGAAGCGCGGUCCUCAAGACGCUGUCCGCUCUGUCUGUAGAUCCAGAAAACCGUAUGCAAAUGUUAUCCGCAGGCAUCAUUCCUAUUGCACUGAAGAUUGCACAGCAACCAGGAAGCCCCAUGGCAUACCCGGCAGUUUCAGUUAUUCACAAUUUGAUGAGCAUUCCUGCUGCGAGGUUGAAGGUGGUGGAGAUGCGUGGUGUCAGCGUACUCUUCGGGGUGAUACAGAGGAACGAGGAACAGCCGCUUGUUGAGAAUGCUCUUGCCAUCCUCUUUUGUAUUGCUUGCGCAUCGGAGUGGCUGCAGUCAGAGGUCGCGAAGAUGAGCGGACUUGUGGACACACUGAAGCAGGUGAUCAGCGACCCAAAUUCCACUCCCCGAGCCAAGAUCAAAGCAACUCAUCUCCUCAAGAUUCCGAUGCUCAGACAACGAUCGAAUGGAGCAGAACUGGCACGACUACAUGCUAUGAAUGAAGGUGUUAUGCAUGAGAGGUAAGCAUGUCCACCCCUGAUUGAGUGGAGUGAAGUUUGGGCACACAGAGGAGUUGUGUCAAAGUGCAGUUGAAUGCUGGUGGACACGUCGUGGGCACCGCUCGGCGCACAUCUUUGACCGGUCAGCUUCACGGUCCCAACUGUUCUGCGCUCCCUCUAGUGCUAUUUUUCUGUGUCCGAAAACAAUCACUCUGCCAUUAUGUAGCUGCCUCUAACCUCUUCACGUCACGUGGGAUCCUAAGAACCUUUGCUGUGAAGUGCCGAUUGCCAACCAGUUUUACUUGUCACAGAUAGAAACUCCGAAAGAAGCUGGUGAACCGUGCCAUUCUCAUGUCUUGGCUUCCAAUCCGACUCGGUAUAACAAAUCUGAAACCGCGGAAGAUAUUGGACUUUGGAAGUUUGAACACCUGUCGAAGGGGAUUUGGAAAUUUUGGAUUGAAUGGUUUUCUUUUUUCUGGUAGUGGCGCACAGUUGAUCCUGCGUUCGCAGAUGAUGUGCGGUUGAGUUGCAACAGCAACCCUAUGGUGUUCUGCACUCCUCAUGUUUCUCGUCUCUUAGCAUUCGUGCGUCUUCCAGCUGGUAGGAUAAGGAAGGGACUGCCAUGGGUGGCAAGUAUGUGUGCUGCAGGCUGGUGCUCAGCCAGAGUAUGACAUAUGUUGGGGAUGUUCGGUAGUCCUUGUAUUCACGUAACGUUGACAGGUGGCAGGCCAUGAUGUGGUACGGAGCGAGCAGGUCCUCUAGGCUCUCACGUGUGUUCUGACUGUUGAGGAGAAAGAAUAAGCCACUAAAUGCUGGCAGUUGGUCAAACCCCACGGGGGACCAGCGAUGAAGUAAGCUAACUUGGUUUGUCGCAUGCUCAAAGUAGCUGCUAAAUGUUGUCGCUCUGCUUCUUUGAGCACACACAUUCCUUGGAAGUUCUUGGAAGUUUCUUCCUUCCCUACCUUUUGCAAAGGAGGAAACUCAGUGCCGCCAUUGUCAGCUCUGUGUUAGAGCAUACGAUUGGCAACUUUGUGCCGACUGUCUUAAAAGACCAAAAGUUACUUGAUGCUAGAAGACAACAAACUGAGGAAAUGUUUGGCCAUUAGCAAUGUCAGAGUCAGCGUCAGAGUCCUCAGACGCAUUUCUGAUCUGCUUCUGCUCUGUGAACAUCAGUGGUAUGUACUGUCUGAAGUAGAUGGUGCCAGCAUACAAAAAGCAUCCUGGGAUGGUCCGUCAGAGUUGAUCCACUAUCACUGAGCUGCUGGUUUCAUCAUUUAAUGGGACUCUAAAAUGAAUGGAGACUGAUUAUUAUCCGUAAGUGAAUGUUGCAUUGCCUGUUUAAGCAGCGUAUUGCUGGCAGGAGGGAGAUGCAGUUGCUAUGCUAGCGCCGUUGCUGACAAGAUAUUCAGAUGUUUCUGCAAUCAUUGUGUGAGGCAACCGUCUCUAUCCCUCCAGGUCAUGAUGCCAUUCGUGA